UCAAUUGCAUCACAAUUUCUGGGACGAGCUCUGGACUUGAGGCUUCGCGCAUUGUUUUUGUCGUAUAUAAUAUCCUAAUUCCCAGAUAAGGGUUUCACACGCUCAGUUCAUCGCCGCGGGCUUGCUGCUUGUUAACGUCGUUGUUAACGCUUUUUUCGGUCUCGUCGCGCGCUUGUCGGGUCGGUUUACGCUGUGUCGACGUGAAUGUGUACAGUGUGUUCCAAAGGAUUUUCCAACCAUGACUCUCCUCAAUCAUAUUUUUGUCACAAUCUCUGUUAGCAUAUUCAUUAGUAUAUGCUCUUACACAGAGGCAAAACCAGGAUACAUUUCAAACCCAUACUAUAGUCCUCCAAAAUACUCGUACAACUACGGCGUGAACGACCCCCAUACUGGUGACGUGAAGCACCAGGAGGAGGAGCGAGAGGGUGACGUAGUGAAGGGGCAGUACAGCCUGGUGGAACCGGACGGUUCCGUGCGGACGGUGGACUACACCGCUGACCCGGUCAACGGGUUCAACGCUGUCGUCAGCAAAACCCACGGGGUUCAUCCCCCACCCGCUCCCGUCCACGUACCAGCCCAUGUACCAGCUCAUGUACCAGCACAUGUACCAGCUCAUAUCCCAGCACCGGUAGCCGUUGUCGCCAAGCCAAUUGCACCUCAUUACGUGCACCCGAAGCCAGUCAUAGAGCCAAUUGUGAAGCCUUACCACUCAGCAUACGGCGCUUACAAGGUAGCACCCGUUGCUCACGUAGCCCCAGCACCCGUGGCGGUGGCCGCAGCUCCUGUCUACCAAGAAUACUACGAGGCCAACGAAAUAGCCAAUUACGUUGACCCUCACCAGUACGCAGAUCCACACUCCGCAAAUGCCUACCUCGAUUACAACUACUACUAACGACAUUACGCUCAGACAUCAGUCUAAAGACUACCUUUCAAUUGAGGAGCCUGGAGGACGAGGCGACUAAGUGCCAUUUUUGCCAUUUCGAGAAAUACGUGCUCGAAGUUUCGGAAUUGCAUGAAUCUUUAUGGCGGAAAAAAGUUCAAAAUGACUCUUUGAUGCUUAAAAAUUGGAAUUUGGGAGCAAAUUGUUUACAGAAUAUGCAUUAAGACUAGCUUUACUUGAAAUCAUUAUUACAGUACUCUCUCAUCGGGCAAUUCCUUCGCAAAAGAGGGAUUUUCGUUAUAACGAGUGUCGUUAUAGCAAGAGAAUACUGUGUCUCCAUUUUUCUUUUCAGAAACUGCACUCAUGCGCCUUGUCCUCCAAGCUCCUCAUUUGUAUCCUCCUUCAAAUAUGGAUUGGCCGUAUUUUCAAUUUGUGAUCAUGGAGGAGAGCUCAGGAUGAAUCGGACAUCGAUAUCAGGAAAUGGGUAUACUUCAUUUACUUUGAAUGAGGCUGUACCGAAAUGCAAUGAAACUGAUGAAUAAAUGAUAAAAACAUAACUAUGAUGGUUUGAAUCGGAAAUGGGGGUAUCGAGUGUUUGAAAGUGUGGAUAUUCCCCCACACUUCAAAGGGAAAUGUAACCAGUGAUAAAGUUUUUUUUGCGAUACCUUUAUUUUCUUGAGACGAUAACUCUAGAAAUUAAUACUUAACAUGAAAAAGAAGAAAAAAAAGAAAUAAAAUCAUAUCCCCAUGCAUUUAUAAGGGAUCAAAUAAAAAGGGUUCAUUUAUUUGAUAAUAAAAACCAAACUGCCGUCAAAAAUACCCAAAUAUUAUUCAUUUAAAUGAUCUCAGUUUAUCGCGCAAUAAAAAUUGUAUCUUCAUCUAUGAAAAGAGCAAAGUGCCAACAAUCAUUCUCAUAUUUUUUUCUUUUUUUUUUCAUAAAUGUAUUUGGCAUUGAAAAUCAAAUCUGUUUCGUGUUAAUGCCAUAGCUUGUAUAUGCGAUUCAUGGAGAACUAAUGUUAUGAAUUGCUUUGUAAAGAGAAAAAAUAUUAGUAUCAGUUGAGUAAAUGUACAUACUUACUAAUUUUAUACAUUUAAUUUUUAUACCAGUACCAAAUCAAAAUAAACAGACAACAUAAAUCUGCG